CUUUCCAACCGCCUGUUGGAAGCUGCCGUAAAAUGGCGUGAGUGGCGCUGCCGCUUUACGGCUGCCUCUCCCUGAAGUAGAGCCCCGGAGCGCCCACCGCCGUCAGCUGUGUCUCUAGGAGCGUCGGCCCGGAGCAGAGCGGGAGACCCGGUGUGGCACUGCUCUUCCAGCUGUGGUUUCCCCGUUCCGGUCCCCGGCGAUGUGAGCUCGAGGAGCCUACGGUGCCCCCUGGCCCGGGGGUUGAGGCGGGCGGCAGGUGCCUGUGAGGCGGACGGGUGCUGGGGGACAGCAGGAUGGAGGAGAGCAUGGAGGAGGAAGAGGUACUAAUCUACGAGGCGAUGAUGGACGACCAGAACCAUAACAACUGGGAGGCCGCCGUGGACGGCUUCCGGCAGCCCCCGCCCCCCCCUCCGCCCCCCUCGUCGAUGCCAGUCCCCGCUCGAGAGCCUCCGGGGGGCCAGCUGCUGGCCGUGCCCGCCGUCUCCGUGGACAGGAAAGGCCCCAAGGAGGGGCUCCCGCUGGGGCCGGAGGCCAAUGGGGUGAUCAUGAUGCUGAAGAGCUGCGACGCGGCCGCCGUGGCCAAGGCGGCCCCCGCCCCCACCCCCGGCUCCACCAUCAACAUCAACACCUCCACCUCCAAGUUCUUAAUGAAUGUUAUAACUAUUGAAGAUUAUAAGAGCACAUACUGGCCAAAAUUGGAUGGUGCCAUAGAUCAACUUUUAACCCAGAGUCCUGGUGACUAUAUCCCCAUAUCCUAUGAACAGAUAUACAGUUGUGUGUAUAAGUGUGUAUGCCAGCAACACUCGGAACAGAUGUAUAGUGACCUGAUUAAAAAGAUAACUAAUCACUUAGAGAGAGUUUCAAAGGAGCUGCAGGCCAGCCCUCCAGAUCUCUAUAUUGAAAGAUUUAAUAUAGCUCUUGGACAAUAUAUGGGAGCAUUGCAGAGUAUUGUGCCUCUUUUCAUAUAUAUGAAUAAGUUUUACAUCGAAACCAAGCUUAAUAGAGACUUAAAAGAUGACCUUAUAAAGCUGUUUACGGAACAUGUUGCAGAAAAGCACAUUUACAGCCUGAUGCGUUGCCUGCCCGCUCACAGUAGGUGGCAUCUCAUCCUGCCUUCCCUAAAAGAAUAUCCCUCUCCAACUUUACUUUUAGAAGCCCAGUCAACACCAUUUCAGGUCACACCUUCAACUAUGGCAAAUAUUGUGAAAGGCCUGUAUACUCUCAGACCAGAGUGGGUUCAGAUGGCUCCAACUCUAUUUUCUAAAUUUAUUCCAAACAUUCUCCCUCCGGCAGUGGAAUCUGAACUUUCUGAAUAUGCUGCUCAAGAUCAGAAACUUCAAAGAGAGCUUAUACAGAAUGGUUUCACAAGAGGUGACCAGUCCCGGAAGAGAGCUGGGGAUGAAUUGGCUUACAACAGCUCAUCUUCAUGUGCAAGUUCCAGGGGAUACAGAUAGUGAAUGUGUUGAAUGUACUUUCCUCCCGAGGAGAGGACACACUGGAGCUGCAGAGACUGUGUUCUGAGCACAGCGGGGCCUUCGACACUCAGGAGCUCUGUCACAAGGCUGUUCUUGGGAGAGAAUGCUGGACUUCUUACUUUGGUUUGUAAUUUUAAAAAAACAAAAAACUAACAAGAAACAAAAACGAAAACAGUUGCUGCUAGACUUGGGGGUGAUUUUGAAAUGGGACAAUCUUUUAAUGAGUUUAUCUACAGAUUCUAUGAGGAACAAGCUUCGGGGAAAUUGACUAUUGCUGAGUGAAAUCUGACAGCCAAAAUCAGCAGCUUCCUCCAAAAAUAUAAGGGCAGAAGAAUCUUUUUUUUUUUUUUUUAAGCACUUGUUUUGUUCAUUUGUGGACUUGGGACUUAACAGCAUAUUGGUUUCACAUGUCAAGAUAUCUUUUGCUUUAAAACCAAGCAAAUGGUUACAAUACAGUAUUUUCACCCAUAACCCAAACAGCUCCUUUAAAAAUAAGAGUUGAUCUUUGUUUAGUAUUAGGAAGUCUUGUUCAAGGAGAAUGCUAACUACUUUCAUUAGAACUUUUCCCUCAUCAGUUCACAACUUUCUACUCUGUGCCUUGAGCUUUGUGCACUUUGCAACUGUGUGGCAGUGUUGUCAAACUCACAAGUACUUCCUGGAGAAGGUGAUGGUAUUCCAAACCAACCCACUAAGAUGGUGGGUGACUUAUAGGAUGCUAAUUAAGUGGGAGAAUGGAAACGUGUUGCACAUUGGUCAGAUUUCCCCUGCUGCACCAGGCGUGUUCAUGUUUGUGUGGGGACCAACUCUUGUAGAGCAUUUGCAUUCCUGCCAUCACCUUACCUGUUUCACCAGCCGCUCUAGCAUGGGCAGCCGUAAUUCAAGGGUGGGCAGCCCUGCAGUACUAAUGCCCCUGCCCCCUUUUAAUAUUGUGGAGAUUGUCCAACAGCAAGAGCUACUUCCUACGACAUUCUGGGAAGUGAUAGUUAUUAAAACCAAAUAUAAUCCAUGGUGUGGAGUUCCUGAACCAUUUCAUUUUAAUGGGUGAUAAGUACUUUAAAAAGGUAGAAUCUGUGCUCUGCAUCUUUUAAAUAUUAUAUUUGACAUUUGAGCUUAGUAGGGAAGAAGUUCUGCUCUUUUUUAAGGUCCCCUUCCAGCUGUAGCAAAGCCGUGUUCUCUGUUUCACCAUACCUGCAAGGCUGUUUAGUUCUUCAUAAAAGUCUCUGAAGCUAAUUCUGUUUGGCUUUGAAAGUCAAAUAAAAAUAGAAAGUGUGGCAAGGGGAGAAUAUUUUUCUACUCAGUUUUUCUUAAAUGUAGAUUAAACGUAGCCUUCACUUUCCUGGGCCUUAUCAGACUAGUCACACUGGUCCUGAUCUAUCCAGAAAACUUGGCAGGGAAAGAAGACACACCUGAUCUGCAAAUUUUUCAUAGAGCUGCCUCUGCCAGUUCAGCAUGUCCUUUUUUGGGGAGUGUCAUGGGUGGAAGAGCUAGAAGUGCCAUACUGGGCGCAUGGUAUGUUAUCUAAUAGAAAGUCCUUGAUUUGUAAAAAAUUAUUCUGCAGAGGGGUAAAAUUAAGCGAAGGUUCUCAGAUAUAUUUUUAAGUACUUAUCAUCCAGAAUGGGUGGAUUUUGUGGAGGGCUUUAAUUGGACUCAUUUCAUUCUGUUUGCAUCUUAGAUUGUGUAAUGAACACUGAAUUACUGUAAGAACACAUACAGGCCUUCACUAUGACCUGUAUAGCUUGAUUUGCUACACCAGUAACAUUCUAGUGUCAAGAAAGAAUUCCAUUUUAUCAUGAAGCCCAAAUUUUACUUUUCUCAAUCGAGUGCUUUCCGUAGGCUUAUAAAUAUACCUGGAACUGAAGUCUCUCCUGAGUGGCUUUAAUGAUAUUUCUCAAAGGAAUAAAAUUGAAGCAUUUCUUUAUACAUGGGUGAAUUCUUCAGUAUCCUGAUAAUAUAACCAAGUGCUUUUUUCUGGGAGAGAGCAUUCAUUUUUGGCCAAGAUCAGAACUUUCCCUAUGACAGCACUGUAUUAUGAUGGGAAUUGGCAUUAAUAUCUUAUGUACGAUGUUUUUGCAUUAUAAGUUAAUGGAAAAUACUUUAAUUCCUUUUAUUGUUGUGUAUGUGUUAACAAAAAAGUAGGUGAAGGAAUGUCUGCAGAAUUUAGUUUCUCUAAUUUUUGCACAAUGGCUGCAGCCAGCUGUGGGUUAAGGUUUGGUACCACAAAGCCAUUAUUGGAAGGCAUACAGGAAGGCUGUGCACAUUCCCCAAGGCAUGUGUCUUGGUGGUGAACACAUCUUUAGCCCCUUGAAGUAUGUUGCAGUGUAAAAAAAAAAAAAACAAACAAAAAAAAAUUACUUUAAGUUGAAAGUGACCUUGCUUAUUAAUUGAAAUUCUUGACAUUUUUUUUUUUUUUUAGUUUGCAGCAUGAAGAAAUACAACUUGGCCCCUUCCAUUUUGUAUUGACUGUGUACGGUUUGCCAGGAAGUAUGUUCUUCUCAUGUUUCCUUGUAUUCUUCUUGCCAGCACAGUGUAUAGUUUUUCCAUGCCAGCUAAAUACUGGCUUUUGUAUCAAAUCAUUGAAGAUAGAAUAUUGUACAUGCUGGUUGAUUGGUUAGACAACACAUGCAGUUGAUUUGGCAAAACUGACUAGUAUGUAUGUGCAACCUGAAACUAGAUCCUUAACAAAAAAGCUGGGUCAGUCAUCUUGAGUUAAUAACAUGUAAAAGUAAAUGGGUGAUAAUUAGAGAGAUGGUACGUAUUUUAAAGGUUAGCCUUAAGCCUCAGUAACAGUGUCCUAUCUCUUGAAUUCUGUUGUCACUGCUGCACCCUAACCCGACAGGAAGUACUGCUUCAUUUUCUUUGGGGGUAGAAAGCAAAACCUGAUGUCGUGACUCUUAGCCCAAUAGUUCCUAGGCAGAAUCAGUGAAAAGAAGCACCAAACUGUUGUAUGACUCCUGCUUUAUAACUUUCAUGGCAAAGUCACAUUUUUUCCUGUUCCUGUUAAAAAAUUAUAGCAGUUUUCCUCCCUUUCAUUAGAAUGGAAGCUAAUUUGUGGGUGGUGGGAUUACAAAGGAAUGGAUGCCCAUGACCAGGAACAGUGCACACGUCUCCAGUGCUCAGACUUGCCCAGCAGCCCCACUCCCCUUGCUGUAUGUAUACCAGGCAUUCUGUUGGGUUGCAAAUUUGCACACAUAAAUAAUUCCUCAGGAAGAGUUUGCACGUGCAUCACCUCGCAAUAUUCUGUACUGACCAAACAAGGAAUUUGAAGGUUUUCAACACAAAAGGGUAACUUCAGAGUGGUCUGUACACCUAUUGGCAAAGGUAAUGGUGAUCUGGCAAACCCAAUUGGUUUCUGCAGUUAUAAAGUAAGCAGGAGCAUUUGUACCGUAGUAUUUAAAUAAUCCUCUUGAAUCUCCCUGUAUACAGUAAAUAGCCCUUCCAUAUUUUGUCUUCUUAUUGAGGCAGCCUGUGUUUUCUCCCCCCAUCCCACCCCGUCUUAUAGCAGUUAAUUAUUUCUGUGAUUAUUAAGAAAGAGGCAUUGCCCUUGAGCUAAAAUUCAAUUGUUCAAUAAGCAGCUAUUAUUAAACUAACUGAGCAUUGUUUUAUGGAUAUACACUAAUCUGAGAUAACAAAAAAUUUACAAUUAAAAAGUAAAACAAAAAAGCCUUCUUUAGCUAUCUAGCCAUUGUUUGGAUGUUUUGAGUUGAUUUUUGUGUGUGUGUCAUUGAACUUUAAGCUUGGGAUAUUAUGUUUACUUUAAUCCAAUUCUAGACCUCUUAAGGGGACUUUGAAAUUCAAGGUCAGAAUGUGAAUCCUUUGAAACCUAUAACAGAUUUAGAGGACCUUUUUGGGUGUGAUUAUUGUUUUCAAUAAGUUUGUAUAAGAUGAAGUUUAUUUUUAUCAGAAGCUAAAAUGGAAGUCAUAGGAGUUGGUGGAGAAAUAGCUUUCCUGUUACUUUCAUUACUCUGUCAAAAUUUGCCUGAGUUUCUGGCCACCAUAAUAUAUGAAAGGAGCUCUGUUCUUCUCAAGGGAAAUGAUUCCUCUUCUUCCCCUGUAUUGAUUAACUAGUCCCUGGCACCUCCCUCCUCCACUCUCCAAGACCCUAUUUUGAACAUCUCUCCAGAGUCGAGUGGCACAAGUAUAGGUGCUGUUUCUGCUCGUGUUGCUGGGGCGGCUGGGGGAGAAGUCAAGAAAAUGCUAAUCAUAGAUCUUUUCUCAUGGGACUCCAGUAUACAUUGCACCCCUGCUAGUUGGAAAUUAUCUUCCUUUCAGAUUGGACUGCAUUGUUCAGAAAAAUGUUAAUGGAUUACAAAUCUGGAAAAUUUAUAGGAUGACUUUGGGGCUGAGAAUUCUGUGGUUUGGAAAAAAAUAAAUAUUUUGUAUUGAAUCUCAUAA